AUGAGAGAAAAUAUAGUGUUGUUUGGAGAUUCAAUAACGGAGCAAUCUUUCGAAAAUGGUUGGGGUUCUUCACUCGCCAAUCACUAUUCUCGCAAGGCUGAUGUAAUUGUCCGUGGCUACGACGGUUACAACACUAGAUGGGCUUUGUGCUUACUCAAUCAUAUCUUCCCACUCGAGUCACGUAAACCGCCGGUAGCUACCACGGUUUUCUUUGGUGCAAAUGACGCGGCUUUAAUUGGAAGAACCCGUGAAAGACUACAUGUGCCUAUUCCAGAAUACAAACAAAACCUCAAAAAAAUUGUCAAUCACUUGAAGUCAAUCUCACCAACUAUGCUUAUUGUGCUUCUCACGCCACCUCCAGUUUGUGAGGAAGGGCGCCGAGCAUUUGCCAUAUCCUUAUACGGUGAUAAUGCUAGUAUUAAAUUGUCGGAAAGAACAAAUGAAGUUACUGGUAAAUAUGCAAAAGCAUGUGUUGAGACAGCUAAGGAAAUGGGUGUGCCUUAUAUUGAUAUCUGGUCCAAAAUGCAAGAAACUGAUGGCUGGAAAAAGAAAUUUUUAUGCGAUGGGUUGCACCUGACAGUAGAUGGAAAUGCGGUAGUAUAUGAACAAGUGAUCAAAGUGUUCAAUGAGGCUGGACUUUCUGCUGAUAAAAUGCCAUUGGAUUUUCCUGACUACACUGAAAUUGAUCACAAAAAUCCUGAGAGUUCUUUCCAGCAGAAAGAUUAG